UGGCGCUCCUGCUAUGAUGAGUUCUUUGAGGAAGUCUUCACUGAGAUGGCAGAAAGGUACCGACAGGUUGAAGAGAUGAACGCCUGUGACAACCUAGGAGACCACCCGGUGGGGAAUGUGUAUGCCAAGUUUCGUCGUGAGGAGGAUGCAGAGAAAGCUGUGAUGAACUUGAAUAACCGCUGGUUUAAUGGGCAGCCAAUCCAUUCAGAGCUGUCCCCAGUGACUGACUUCAGGGAAGCCUGCUGCCACCAGUAUGAGAUGGGCAAGUGCCCAAGAGGGGCCUUCUGCAACUUCAUGCAUCUGAAGCCAAUCUCAAGAGAACUCAAAAAGAAGCUGUCUAGGCGCCAGCGCAAGAAGCAUAGAUCCAGGUCCCGAUCCCGGGAAAGGCAUUCUCCAUCCAGAGACAUUAGGCAUGGUGGCAGCAGAGGUGGAGGACGAGAGCAUGACGGGAGGCAGUCCAGAUACCUCAAGAGAGAUGGGAGAUUCGGAGCCCACCUGUUUACACCUUGUGUCUGCUAGACAGUUUUGUAGUUGGUUGACAAGCCAGUUCAUAUUGGGAUUUUUUUUUUUUAACAACCAAAAAAGAUGAGUUUCUGAAUAAAAUUUGUAGUGAUA